ACUCGCUCAAGAGCGCGAUGACUGAGAUUUUCCACUACCCUGAAGAAAAGAUUUUUAAAACUUCGUUUUGGUCAAGCCCAUUUUUUUCUAUGCGAAUACUGUGAUAGUUUUAUUUCUUGCUCUAGUUAUUAUUCUUUUUUACCAGAAAAAUAUUUGUAUAGAUUUCAGAUAUAUUCCGAUUAGGAUGGGUCCCUGUUCCCCUGAACUAAGCCAGGCAUUCAUUUGGAUUUAUACUGUUGAUGAAAAAAGUCGAAUCGGUUACAAGCUAUGGUCUAGUACGAACGUGGUAUUGAACUCGGUGGGAACUGACCACUUCCUAUCUGAAUCGCUAAACUACCUCAGCUAUGAAGAUCCUGAACCAUGGCCAUCAAAAAAUGUAGGAAAAUUAAUAUAUAAGGCCAUCGAAAUUUCAGCUGAUAUAUAUAACAUUACGAAUUUCAAUAUAAUCGGAACGAGUCUUUUCAUUCCGAUAACUUGUGGUUUGCAACAAAACGAUGAAAAAUUCUCAAUGAACGUGGCUGGAUUAAUAUGGAAUGAAUUCCUUUCCCAAACACCAAUAACUGAUUUAUUCAUUCAAAGUGGAUUAACUAUCAAGCAGACUCAGUCGAUUAAAUUGCAUGGGAUGGAUCCAGUUGAAAAGGAGAACUACAUGAGACCUGCAUUGAAUAUGAACACUGUACGUUAUAAUUCAUUAAUUUCUGAUUUAAACAAUGCAAUGUAUGAUAUGAUCGAUAGAAAUUUGACAAUUCAUCUUGGAAAAGUAAAUCAUUUUGUAUCAAAAAGUAAACAAUACGCUCAACUAUCACAAUCAUUUCAUAUUACACUGUUAAUAAAUCUUCCAAAACAAGAAUUAUUAUUUGAAACAUCAUUUAUUCAUCGAUUAAAAUGGGCAUACAUUUUUUACAUUUGUUUAUGGAUAAUAUUCUAUUGGCCAAUUCAAUGGUUACAACGUUGGGCACUUGAACAACGUCAAUUAUGGAUCUGUUAUAAUCUAGUUGAAUUUAAACAACCUCCAGCACAUGUUUAUUUAAAUCAAUUGAAAAAUGAAUGGUGAUUAUUGAUUGAUGAGUGGAUGAGUGAAUGGAUGAAAAACUUCCAAAAGUUGCAUUUUUAAUAAGUAGACUGUUUUCUUUAUUUCAAACUUGAUGAAAUAAUGUUUUGUAAAUUUUUACAUAGAUUGUACAUUCAUCAGAUCAUGAUGUGUACACAGAUAGAUGUUAUUUAUUGAUUGGAAGUGCUGUUUUUUAAUGAGAAAAUAUAUCUGAUUAAUUUGUUCUACUCUUUUUAUUACUACUUAUUCACUAAGAAAACAGUUAGUUAUGUACAUGGUCAAGCAGGACAGGUAUAUUCUAUCAGUUAAAGUUAUUGUCAGUUACUAUGUACGUAAAUGAGCAACAGUUGCCAUACCACAUUAGCACCUGGAGCUGCAAUUGACAAUUCAAAUAGCUUAGGAAUAGGAGUAGAAGAAGGAUUAGCGGUCAUCAAUCGAAAUAAUGAUCGAAGAUAUCAUUCAAGAUGUAUACACCCCAGA